CCAAUUUGAGAACGCAAAAAGAAAAAUAAAUAGGCGAUUUGGUUUUCUUUUAAAUUGUUAUAAUUUCUGUAGGUUUGCUUUCUUUGCUUAGUUGAUCCUCUUCUCUGCUUUCCACAUUUUCCUUCCCUUGUUUUCUCAGUAACCAAACAAUAAAUUAGGGUUCUUGCUCUGAGAUUCAAUGACUUAUCAUGAUGGUAAUAUCAAUAGUGAGGGGGGAGAGGUGGUUCCAGAGAUUAAACUAAGAGUUGAGGGUGAUGAUGACGUUGUUAAUGGAAAAGGGAAAACUUUGAGACAGCGAUUAUUAGAAGAAUGUGAAGCAGAAGAGAGGGAUUUGUUGGUACAUGAGCCAGCUUUUUCUUCCAUACGGAGAAGGUCUAUUUGGUUUUGGAUCAAGCUGGGGAUUCUAUUUACAUUUAUAGGUUUAUUGACUGCUGUUUUCUUCAAAUGGGUUGGCCCCUUUUUAAUGGAUAAGGAGAUAAUGCCUCUAAUAAAUUGGGAGAUGAAAACCUUUAGUACUCCGGUGCUGGCACUUCUAGUCUUUGCUUCAGUGGCAUUAUUCCCCACAAUACUCCUACCAUCUACGCCAUCUAUCUGGUUGGCAGGGAUGAGUUUUGGUUAUGGUUUCGGAUUUCUGCUAAUCAUAUCUGCAGCUGCUGUGGGUGUAUCACUUCCAUUCUUUAUCGGCUCUCUUUUCCUUCACCGAAUUCAAGGAUGGUUAGAAAAAUACCCUAAGAAAGCUGCCAUUUUGAGAGCAGCUGGUGAAGGAAAUUGGUUUCAUCAGUUUAAAGUCGUAACAUUGAUCAGGAUCUCUCCAUUCCCAUAUAUGAUAUAUAACUACUGUGCAGUUGCAACACAUGUUAAGUAUGGUCCUUACAUCUUGGGGUCUUUGAUAGGAAUGGUGCCAGAAAUUCUUGUUGCAAUAUACACAGGUAUCCUUAUACAGACGGUGGCAGAUGCUUCGCAAGAGCGACAGUCCUUAUCGGCUCCGCAGAUUUGGUUAAAUGUUGGUGGUUUCCUUUUAACAGUGGUGACAACAAUUGUUUUCACGGUUUAUGCUAAAAGGCAACUAAAAGAGCUGCAAAGUGAAGAAGUGGUAUUGCAGUAAGCUGCAGUUUGGUUUAGAGAACAAAUAUCUCUACCCAAGCUGGAUGAAGUCUUAUUUAUUGAACAACUUCAUCCGUAUAAGCAAAAUGUGCGACAAUAUUGAUCCUAUGUAACAUGAACAAGGAGUGACACGAAAACCAAAGCAAACCAAGAGAGAAUUCACUGCAAAAUGUUUGACUUCCAUUUAUUACAAAAGUUAAUUCUCUGUCUCCCCAGCUUAUAAUUGAGAUUUGUAUAUUAAUGGGAAUUCUCUAUCCAGGAAAGCUAAAAGUGGACGUAGGCAAUAUUAUGUACAUGAUUCA